GGCAACUUGUCGGCUUGAUUGCAAAAUAACUGUUCGUGAAAUAAGUGUAUUCUAAAUACACAGUUUUUUUUUCUUUAUAUUUUGAUACUUUUAAAAAUUAUUUACAAUUGUGAUGAUAUCAACGAUUAAUAUUGACUAUAAAGAGAACCGAUUGGCAAAUUCUACAUAGAAGCCUAGUCAGUUAUACAGAAGAAAAAAAAGAAGACGAAUAAAGAGAGAUUUUUAUUAUUUCACAAAUAUAAAAUAAUAAAUAUGUGUGAAGAGACAACUGUAUAUUCAGAAAUGGAUGACCUCGAGCAACAGUGCGAAGAUGCAUUGUUUGAAGUUUGUGAUGCUAGGGAAAGGUACCCAUUGCAAUGUGCGAAAGAACUAGAAAAUUGCAUCAAACUUACUAAUGAGAUAUGUAUGGCCAAGGUUCUUGUAAAGCCAAUAAAAAUUCCAGAUUUGCCAUCUUUGACAAACAAACAAUCUGCAAUUGAAAAAAAUCUUUCCGAAGCAGCUGAACUGCUAAAAACACAAGAAUAUAAAUUGCUAAUAAUGAUAGACAAGAUUGAAAAUUUGACAGCUGUGUUAGAUCAGAUAAAAAGGGACAAAUUAUGCAAUAUAAAUAAAUUAUUGUGGCAAUAAAUAUAUUUUUCAAUUGUAACAUUAUCAUUGAA